AUGCAGCUGCUCUGGGUGGUAGUGGUGGGGGUGUUAGGAGUCUUUGGGGCAGAGGGAGAGCAGGCUCUCUGUCGGAUACUGGGGAGCCCAGAGUUCCCUCUGCUGUCCAAGGAAGGAGACGUGACUAUCGGAGGAGCCUUCUCCAUCCACACCAAAAUCACAGAGACCCCGCUCUCCUUCACCGAAACACCACCUCCUCUCACCUGCUCCAGGUAAGCUCCUUCACAGACACACCACCUCCUCUUACCUGCUACAGGUAAGCUCCUUCACAGACACCCAGUCUCUCUGAUGGAUUUAUAUGUCAUUGAUGUGACAAAAAUUAUUUGGACAAAAUGAAAAUAUGAUUGGAAUCAUAUGAUUCAAAGAAUAACUAAACCUGACAAUGAAAUCAGACCAUGGUUAUAUCUGCAGUUUCAUAUCGUAUAUCAGAUUAACCUAAUGCAAUGCCAUUUUUUCCUUUUUGUUUGCGCAGCAUGAACCUCCAAGAUGUUCAUUUUGCUCAGACCAUGAUCUUCGCCAUCGAAGAGAUCAACAACAGCACUUCUCUGCUCCCCAACAUCUCUAUUGGCUACAGGAUAUAUGAUAGUUGUGGCUCGACUCUGUCCUCCAUGCAUGUGGCCAUGGCCCUGAUGAACGGUCAGGAGAGGACAGUGGGAAAGACCUGCUCUGGCCAAUCAGCAGUCCACGCCAUCAUCGGAGCCUCUGAUUCCUCCUCCACCAUAGUGAUGUCACGAUCCACAGGAGCUUUUCAAAUACCAGUGGUAAUGUUAAUCAAAUUCAAGUCACUCAUUUAGUUUAACCACACUGGCUGAUGAAAAAUGACAACUAUUGUCUUAUUCCUCCCCGUUCCAUCCAGAUCAGCCACUACGCCACCUGUGCGUGUCUGAGUAACAGAAAGGAGUUCCCCUCCUUCUUCAGAACCAUCCCCAGUGACUUCUACCAGAGCAGAGCCCUGGCCCAGCUGGUCAAGCACUUUGGCUGGACCUGGGUGGGGGCUGUUAGAAGUGACAACGACUACGGCAACAACGGCAUGGCAACCUUCGUGGAGGCCGCAGGUCUGGAGGGGGUGUGUAUAGAGUACUCUGAGGCUAUCUUAUGGAACAGCCCCAGGGAGCAGAUAGCUAGGGUGGUUGAGGUGAUUGGCAGGGCCAGCUCCAGGGUUGUGGUGGCCUUUGUGACCCAGUGGGAGAUGGAUGUUCUGCUGGAGGAGGCUCUGGCCCAGAACCUGACCGGGCUGCAGUGGGUGGGCAGUGAGUCCUGGAUCACUGUUGAUCGCCUGGCCACCAGGAGGAGAUCUGCUGUCCUCAGCGGCGCUCUGGGAUUCACCAUCAGUAAGUCUAAGAUCCCGGGCCUGAGAGAGUUCCUGCUCCGGGUCGGUCCAGCCCAGGACCCAAACAACACCCUGCUAAGAGAGUUCUGGGAGGUCACGUUCAGCUGCAGGUUUUCCCCUCAGGAGGAGAGUGACGGUGGGCCUAGUCAGAGUCAGUGCUCUGGGUCUGAGAGACUAGAGGAAAUCAAUAACUCUUUUACUGACACGUCUGAGCUGAGGUUCUCUAAUAAUGUGUAUAAGGCAGUGUAUGCUGUGGCCCACUCCAUACAUGACCUGCUGACCUGCACGCAUGGUAAAGGCCAAGGUGGGAAUAGGAACUGUUCAGACAGAGACAGCAUCGAGCCAGGACAGGUGAGCAGCUACCUCUAUAGGUCACCGGUAGUUAAUUCUGUUCAACUGAUUUGAUAAUUGACUGACUGGUUUUAUGAAAAUGGCAAAUAUUUACAAUCACACCAUGUUAUUUCUAAAGUACGUGAAUUCUACACUCUUAGAAAAAAAGGUGCUUUCUAGAACCUAAAACGUUUCUUCAGCUGUCCCCAUAGGAGAACCCUUUGAGGAAACCUUUUUGGUUCCAGGUAGAACCCUUUUGGGUUCCAUGUAAAAUAUUUUCCACAGAGGGUUCUACAUGGAACCCAAAGGGUUCUAUCUGGAAACAAAAAAGGUUCUACCUGGAACCAAAAAGUGUUCUCCUAUGGGGACAGUGUUGUUUCUGUAUUUUACACUGUGUUGUGUAUGUAUUUUAACUCAUGUAGGUGUUGAGAUACCUGCGUGACGUAAACUUCACCAUGAAGUCUGGGGAGAGAGUUUAUUUUGAUGAGAACGGAGACCCCACAGCCACCUAUGAGCUGAUGAACUGGCAGAGAGACCAGGCAGGAGAGACUGUGUUUGUCACAGUGGGGAAUUACGAUGCCUCUCUCCCUAAUGGAGACCAGUUUUCCAUGAAUAGGAUAAAGAUAGCAUGGGCUGGCAAUUCCUUAAAGGUACACAGUUACACAGAAAACACAUGGUAGAAGUUACAGGUACAUUCAGACAACACAGAUAAUUAGAUUGAAGAUAUUUGAAUUGAUGGGAGAAAUCUGAUGACACAUACUGUGAGAAUGAAUUUAAUUGAAUGAUUGAGUGACCAAGGGGUUAAUAAUGUGACUGAAGGAGUAAAGAGAGAGAGACAGAGAGAGGGAGUGAGCAGGUGUUGUAUUGUGUUUCAGAGGCCUCGGUCUGUGUGUAGUGACAGCUGCCUCCCAGGGUUCCGCCAGGCAGAGAUCAAAGGAAUGCCAGUCUGCUGUUUCUCCUGUAUUCCCUGUGCUGCUGGGGAGAUCAGCAACCUAACAGGUGAGACAGACAACUGAUACCACAGCUGGCCCUACACUCUUAGAAAAAAGGGUUCUUCGGGUGUCCCCAUAGGAGAACCCUUUUUGGUUCCAGGUAGAGCUCUUUUGUGUUCCAUAUAGAACUCAAAAUAGGGUUCUACCUAGAACCAAAUGGUUCUAGGUAAAUUGGGUUCUCCUAUGGGGACAGCCGAUGAACCCUUUUAGGUUCUAGAUAGCAACUUUUGGGACCCCUUAGCAAAAUGUAUUUAUGUAUGGUCUGGGGGCUCUCUAAUGGCCUCUUAUGUCGCUCUGACUGAUACUAACCAAAUCUACUGACCAAAAAGAUACAUCACAUGUAGAAUUUGUAAACUUCUAGAAUGUUAUACACUGCUUGACUGUAGAUCAGUGUUGUGACAUGAGCGUUUUCCUUGUAGAUUCAGCUGAAUGCACACAGUGUUCCCUGGAAUACUGGCCAAACAGAGACAAGACUCUCUGUGUCCCGAAGAUGGUGGAAUUUCUCUCAUUUUAUGAAAUCAUGGGAAUCCUCCUGGCUGCAAUCUCAUUGGUCGGAGCGUGUUUAACCACAAUGGUGUCAUUGGUCUUCUUUUGCUUCCGAGAGACUCCCAUCGUCAAGGCCAGCAACACUGAGCUGAGCUUCCUGCUGCUCUUCUCCUUGACUCUGUGUUUUCUGUGUUCUCUUACUUUCAUUGGCCGGCCCUCUGAGUGGUCCUGUAUGCUGCGCCACACAGUGUUUGGGAUCACCUUUGCUCUGUGUAUGUCCUGCGUCCUGGCGAAGACCAUAGCGGUGGUGAUAGCUUUCCAGGCCACAAUGCCAGGCAAUAUAGUUCCCCAGUGCUCUAUACCUCUCCAGAGAGUGAGUGUGUUCAGCUGUACCUUCCUACAGGUGGUUAUGUGUGUUCUCUGGUUGGCUCUCGCCCCUCCAUUCCCAUUCAAAAACACAGCCCACGUCACUGAAAAGAUCAUUCUAGAGUGUGAUGUGGGUUCGGCUAUUGGUUUCUGGGCUGUGUUGGGGUAUAUAGGACUCCUGGCUCUCUUGUGCCUUGUGCUGGCUUUUCUGGCUCGAAAGCUGCCCGAUAACUUCAAUGAGGCCAAAUUCAUCAGCUUCAGUAUGCUCAUAUUCUGUGCAGUCUGGAUCACCUUUAUCCCAGCUUAUGUCAGCUCUCCUGGGAAGUUCACUGUAGCUGUGGAGAUAUUUGCCAUUCUGGCCUCCAGUUAUGGGUUGCUUUUCUGUAUAUUUGCUCCAAAGUGUUAUAUCAUAUUACUUAAACCAGAGAAAAAUACAAAAAAACACUUGAUGGGGAAAAGUCAUGCAAAAUCACAAUAAUGUAAUUAGGGACCUGGAGGAAAAUGCUUUCGAUUUCAUUCAGGGCGAGGUUUUUUUUUAAAAUUUUAAAUCUAGUCCAGGGGAGGGACAUGUAAUUUGUAAUUGAUGACAUUUCAAUAUUUUUCAUUGUUUUAGAAUUAGGCUAUGUGUGCCCGAUGCCGCGCAAUAUCAAGUGCGUCUAUAGGCUAUUUAGUGUGGUCUCAAUAAAAUUAUCCUUACCUUAGGCUAGGCUAUACGAAGUGCAUGCUCUGAGAAGCACAGGGCAAAGUUAUAUUUCUAAGAAAAUUAAGUUGCAUCCUGAGUUUUUUGCGCAGCUGGGAUGGUGUGAAUAGAAUUAGGCUGCAUUACACACUGCAAUGGAUAUUCCAACCCUGAGGCCUGGCCUGCCCUGCAUUUGCUGAUCCAAAACCUUUUUUUGUGCUGCCUAACCAAUGGCUGAUCUGUGUACGGUGGCAGUUCUGCAAAAAAAAAUAUUUUUUUCUUAGUCCAAAAAAGUAUAUAUCGUGCGCGUGGACUACUGGUGUCCUGUCCAGUUUGAUAGGGAGAGCGUGAAGAUGAGGAGGAGGACCGGAGGUAAGCUUGCUACUGCUAGAAUUGAUUUGAAUAAAAACAACUUUAUUAACAACAAGAGGGUUUUGUGUUGGAGCCUGUUUCCUACCAUUUAAGAAAUAAGAGGUAGGCAUACCUGUUUGACAGACGCAAUUAUAAAAUGCUAUCAAUAGAUUUGUCCCCAAUUCCUCCACCCACCAUGCACUCGUUAAGCCUCUGUGUCAGUGAAAUGCGCGGUGUGUUAAAAACAGGUUAGAAACAGGUUAAAAACCAAGUUAAACCAAGUUAAAAUCAGGACUCGAAUUGAGGGGUUAUGUGAGUGUAUACCAUACAUCUUGCUAAAGAAAAUGGCAAAAAAAAAAAGCAUAGGCCUACCCCUUGUUAGCUUAAGAUUUUUAAUAAAAUAAAACGUAUCCGAUUAUAUAAAGUGAUCUAUUACGGCGCUUUGGUCUGCGAUGCUUUAUGCUAGAAACAAACUGUAAAAUACCCAGGAAAGCCUGUAUUUAAAAAAUAUACACUACCAGUCAAAAGUUUUAGAACACCUACUCAUUCAAAGGUUUUUCUUUAUUUUUACUAUUUUCUACAUUGUAGAAUAAUAGUGAAGAAAUCAAAACUAUGAUAUAACACAUAUGGAAGGUGUGUCCAAACUUUUGACUGGUAGUGUACAUUGGCACGGUUUGCAGGACCUCGACUUCGUCUCGGGCCUAACAACACCCGUGCCAAUAUAUCCUCCAAAACACCGGCUUCUCGGGCGUUAUCACUUAAAAGUACAAUGUAAUUACUUGGUGUUACACGGGAUUUAGCUAGAUAAAAUGAAGUGUAUCUUGAGGGGUUCUUACUUGUAAUGAAUGUGUACUUAUACAGUACAUUACACAUCCUGAGAACCUGGCCCUUAUUUUAAGGGAUAAACACACAAGUACACCACGGAGUACAUGUAAUAGAUGCAUAAGUGCAGUGUAAUUACUAUGUGUUACACAGGAUUUAGAUAGUUAAAAUCAAGUGUAUUUCUAUGUAAUUACUUAUUACUCAUUACUAAGUGGAAAUUAGCUUCUACUUCAGUCAACUUUAUUGAAACGUAAAAAUACCUUACAUUCCCUUACAAAAUAAUAAGGAUUUUUAUUGUUAAUAAAUGGAUGAAAUAGAUUAAACAAAAAUAUAGGCCUACUCAAUAACAUAAAUCUGUAGCCCACAGUAUGGUGAGUAGCCUAGAUCCGUUGUUCCCAAACUGUGGGUGAGGACCCACUUGUGGGUCGCGGCAGGGGUCCAGGUGGGUCGCAGGAUGGUCGUUUGAUAUUUGUUUUUAAAUAGAUUUUCGCAAUGGAAAAACACUUUCAGUGUAAACUUGAAUGACUAAAACCAAAUAGAAAGCUUGUAGAAAAUAUGAUGGACCCAUAUAUUUUAAAAUAAUAGCCUGUAAUCUUUGAGAAUUUACAAUCAACAAAAUAAAAACUAGACAAUCAAGCCCCCAUUGAUUUUGUUAUAAUGUUUGAGCAUAAGAACACAGUUUUUGCCAUGGCAAAAUGUAUAGAAUUGCAGAAAAUGUGGCUUUAAAACUGCAACAUUUUAUUUCAGCUCCAUGGCAAAAUGGGUAGAAUUGCGGGAAAUUAGCUUUAAAAUGACAAAAUGUUCUAUCUGCUGCCAAGAUUAAUAUUUUGUACUUAUUCUUUGGUCUGUGUACGUUUUUUCACUGCUCAACCCAUAUGGUGGGUCGCGACUCAAGACACCUCAAUUGGUGGGUCAUGAAGCAAAGAAGUUUGGGAAUCCUUGGCCUUGAUCAGUGUUUCCCAACUCCAGUCGAGGAGUACCCCCAACAGUACAACAUGUUUGUUGUAGCCCCGGACAAACAGACCUGAUUGGUUGACAAGUUGAAUCGGGUGUGCUGGGGGGUACUCUAGGACAGGAGUUGGGAAACACUGGCCUGGAUAGCUCAUUUACAAAAGCAGGGUUGUCUUUUUCUAUCCUUUUUAACAUUACAAAAAUGGAAAUCGACAACUCUGUCUCUGUCUUCCUCUGUUUCUUUCUUGUAAGCAUGUUCCCAUCCUGGCAGUCUGAGACCUUAUAGGAAUAUGUGGUAGAGAAGAAGAAUGUAUGAUCAUUUAGCAUAGACACUCUACAUUACCCCUAGUUAUCAUCAUCAUGAUUUCUAUCGUUUAGUCAUAUAGCUAGGCCUACCUAGCUACCUUUUGUGUGAUUGAGCUAGCAAUAAUAGUGCAUGCUAACACUAAUAAAUUAGCUUGUGUUUAGCUACAUUGAAAAGGACUUAUAGUGUGUUGACACAAGUAGCUAGCUAGCUAACGUUAACAUGCUGGGUGUGUCUCACGUAAUACUCUUGGCGUACGGAUACUCUGAGAACAAGGUUCAGAGAAGAUAAGACCAUCGAGCCCAGCUAACGUUAGCUAACUAGUUAGCUAGCAGGUAGCGAUCAUAGCAAAAUUGCCAGCUUUAGCUAGGAACUAGCUAACUAUCUAAUCCCAAAAAACUCAACAGAUUGCAUGGAAAAUCUAUUCUGUAGAUGUUAACUAGCUAGCUAGCUAGCUAGCCUAGUUGGUAGGUCGAACAAAAAUGCCAGCUACCAUUUGCUAGCUAGCUACAGUCAGAGACAUAUUUUUUAGAGAGCUGGAACAAUACGAUUUCUGCAUUAUAAUGCAUUUACAUGACACUUCUAGAUUCUAUGGCAUAUUUAAACAAUGCUAUGUAACUGAAUGUCUAAAAUUAGCUAGAACAAUAAAAACAAUUCUAAAAGUAGGGCUAAUUCUCUUAAUAUAUGGCUCUGGCUACAGUUAGCUAGCUAUCCAACACUAGGCUAGCUAACUACAUAUGUUAAAUUGUUUAGCAGAAUUCAUGUGUCCAAUAAACCAAAACAAAUUGCAUGGAAAACUUACUUUCUCUCUCCUGUGUUGACGUUUUUGACCUACAACACUUUGUUUCUUUCACGGCAAUCGUUCUACAUUUGGCACACAGAUCUUCUCGACCGAUGUUCUUUGCGUACUGUCACAUGACGUCAGUUUCAACACAUGUGGGCACGUUCGAGCGUGUUGCACAGAUGGGCAGAUCUUGACAUGAUGCCUUAAUUCUUGGGAUAAAUAAAUAAUUGCACCAAUGCAUCCCAUCCAAAAGUGAGAAUGUUCCUCAACAGUGAAACCCUUGCAGGGUUACAUGAUGGAAUACUUUCAAGUGUAUUUAUAAACCAUUAUUCAACAAAGCUAACUAGGCUUACCGAACUUCAUCAGCCAGGACUAGACAUUGGGCAAUCAGAAUACACCCAUCCCUGCACAAUUGGCAUUACGCUCAAACGGUUACAACUGUAUGCACAAUCACAUAGCACUGCAAGCCUACUCUUGUGUGUGUAUGUGGGUGUGAGUGUGGGUGUGGGUGUAUGUGUGGGAGGGGAGAGGUGUGUGAGUGCGGCUGGAGGCGUGUGCCUGUAUGCAUUCCGCAGUUGCUGACAUUGGGUGAUGAUGAUAGGAACUGGUAUGGGAUAGAAAUAGGAAUGGUAAUAUUUCCUACACCAAAUCCUCUUAGCUAUUGGUAUGGUAUGACAAUCUGUGUUACAACUAUAGUUACUUGUAUUUAUUUAUGUAAUUAUUAUUAUUGUUAUUACUAUUAUUGUCACUAUUAUUGUUACAAUUAUUAGUAUUAUUAGUAUUAUUAAUUUUAAUGAUAUUAUUAUCAUUAUUGGUAUUGUCAUGAUUGAUAUAAUAGUUAAUAUUACUAUUACUAUUAUCAUUAUUUCUGUUCAUACUUAUAUUUAUUAUUGGUAUGAGGUAUGACCAGAAACACAGAUUACGUUGAAUCUCGUGUUGUAAUAUAAAAUAAUAUUUGCUUCCUUAAAUGUCAAAUUUCUACUGCCCGUACUGCCGGUAAUUAUAUUUUGUAGGAAGUACCUACAGUGUUACGUGUAAUCUGUUUAAUUUGAAAGGAAUUCAUGCAUUUGGAGAAAAAUAUAUAUAUUUAAAAAUAUAUACCAAAGUUGAGGUGAAGCGGCUAGUAAUGCUUACUGCUCUAACCUGGUUUUGUUCUGUAAGUGGCACUUUGAGCUCUUUUCAACGGAAGGGUCCCAAUUUCUUAUGGGCCCUAGGAUCCAUGUGAUGGAACACACAUGGACAACCAAAAAAAGCUACUCGAUUGAUAGGGCUUUUCUUGGGUUGAUGGGGGACUGUUUAGUGGAGGGACAAAGGAGGACAGUUAGAAUCAUUAUACAUCUCAGAUACAGAUAUGGUGCGGAAAGUGCAAAUUAAUCCCAUAACAACAGCAAAGGACCUUGUGAAGAUGCUGGAGGAAACAGGUACAAACGUAUCUAUAUCCACAGUAAAACGAGUCCGAUAUCGACAUAACCUGAAAGGCCGCUCAGCAAGGAAGAAGCCACUGCCCCAAAACCGCCAUAAAAAAGCCAGACUACGGUUUGCAACUGCACAUGGGGACAAAGAUCGUACUUUUUGGAGAAAUAAGUGGAUAUAUUGAAGCAACAUCUCAAGACAUCAGUCAGGAAGUUAAAGCUUGGUCACAAACGGGUCUUCCAAAUUGACAAUGACCCCAAGCAUAGUUCCAAAGUUGUGGCAAAAUGGCUUAAGGACAACAAAGUCAAUGUAUUGGAGUGGCCAUCACAAAGCCCUGACCUCAAUCCUAUAGAAAAUGUGGGCAGAACUGAAAAAGCAUGUGCGAGCAAGGAGGCCUACAAACCUGACUCAGUUACACCAGCUCUGUCAGGAGGAAUGCAAUAAAAUGCAAAUUAAUUACUUAAAAAUCAUACAAUGUGAUUUUCUGGAUUUUUGUUUUAGAUUCCGUCUCUCACAGUUGAAGUGUACCUAUGAUAAAAAUUACAGACCUCUACAUGCUUUGUAAGUAGGAAAACCUGCAAAAUCGGCAGUGUAUCAAAUACUUGUUCUCCCCACUGUAUGUAUAUAUUUGCGAGACAAAAAACGAAUGGGGGAUUGGAAGUGAUGCAGACAAUUACAUUGAUGGAAGUUACAAUCUAUCUGCAAUAUUGAAGCUGAUCUACCCCCCCCCCCCCCCCCCCCAAACAUUUAAAAAAAAAAAAUAAUAAAAAAUAAUUAAAGAAAAUACUUUUGACUGGUAGUGUAAAUGAGCAAAAAAUAUUUCAAUUAUUUUGGAGCCUUAAGGCAGACGAAAUGUAACAUGCUUAUUUAUACAAUGAGUACUAAUUUUGGGGGGCAAAACAUACUACAUUUUAAAGCAUUAAAACCCUAAAAGCUUCAGUCAUACAAAAGUUAUACUUAAACCCAAACUGGUUCUCCUGCAGAUUAAUAAGAAUGGCUCACCCUCUGUUCAAAAAUGGCCUUUUUGCCUUCAUCCAGAUGACAACCUCACAUUUUUGUUUAAUUGAAAAUGAAACCUCAAAGUAUCGUCUUUUCUAAAAUAAGCAAUACAAAGCUGAUUAUAAUUUCCAUUUCAUCCUCCUGAAAAGCCUGAUCAAAUAUUACCACAAAUAUUAUGGUUAAACUCAAAUAUACCUCUUGAUGAAAAAACAUUAUUUCUGGAUUUUUUUAAUGGUAUUAUCUUUACUAAUUAUAUUAUGAAUAGGAAUGGUGAAGUUAUGUCACACGUGCAGCUAUCAAAAAUAUAUUGGAAUGUUUGCUCAAUUCAAAGUUAUAACCAACUGAUUGCAGCAGAAAUGCAGGCAAGUAAAUAGGGGAGAAAGUAGGGAACUUGUUUAUAGCCCUAUAUUAACCUCUAGGUCUGGGGCGACCGUGAGAGAUAAUUGGAACUCACGUGAGAAAAGGUUAAGGCAAAAACGAAAGGAGAGUGGUUGGUCAGGGUGGAUUUUCGUGUACUAUGUUACGUCUAACCCUGAAUCCAGGUUGCUUAGUUUGGUUCCUCUCAAUGAAGUUAUCCUGCCCGCCAAUACCUCUGCAUAAUCAACGUAUUUGUAAAAAGAGCUACAUUAUCAAAAUUAAUGGAUUAAUCAUUGAUUGAUGAUUAGCAUGGGAAAAUGUGUGCUGUUCAUUUGAGAAGAGGAACACUUAGCAUACUGUCUGAUCACAAUUUCCACAUUAUUCAUUACAAGAUUUAGUUGAGGUUUAGGGUUUAGUAAAUGAUUUGUCCCAAAUACAAUGCUUUUAGUUUUUGAAAUAUUUAGGAGUAACUUAUUUCUUGCCACACAUUCUGAAACUAAUUUCGGGCUCUUUGUUAACCUCUAAGGGAUCAGUGUCCCGUAUUCUGGACGGUUGAGCUAACUUGCGCUAAUGUGAUUAGCAUGACUGUUGUAAGCAACAGCAAACUUUCAAGGACAUAGACAUGUCUUAUACGGGCAGAAAGUUAAAAUUCUUGUUAAUCUAACUGCACUGCCCCUUAAGGGUUUUGGUGCAACAUUCUGAGAACAUUCCAAGAACAUUGCAUGAUGGUCCCAAGGGAACGUUCUCUGGGGGACCUUUGUCUAGUUCCCUGUAAGUUCCAAGGACUUCACUGAGGAUCAUGUCAGGACAUUCUCAGGAACUACAUUUUAUUAUUCCUUAGGAUGUUGCAUGAUGGUCUCAAGGGAACGUUCUCUGGGGGACCUUUUUAUAGUUCCCUGUAAGUUCCAAGGACUUCACUGAGGAUCAUGUCAGGACAUUCUCAGGAACUACAUUUUAUUAUUCCUUAGGAUGUUGCAUGAUGGUCCCAAGGGAACGUUCUCUGGGGGACCUUUUUAUAGUUCCCGUUUUGACCCGGGAUGUUUUUAGGACCUUCUUGGGACGUUGUGUCAUGGUCCCUUGGAGGUUUUGUCUAGUUCCUGGUUGGUCCCGGGGACGCCCCCGAGGACGUUUUUGGGACGUUCUUGGGACAUUGUGUGAUUUCAACACAUACAUGAAACAAUAGAACAAUUAUGGGUUUUAAAUAAAUAUUAUUUUGUUCUAUUGUUUUAUGUAUGUGUUGAAAUUGUCACACACAAAAAAAAAACAUAUGGGAAAGCAUGACGGAUAUUAUGUUUUAUUCCCACAAUGUCAGAAGCCUGCACUUAUCUAUCCACUGCUUGCUCAUAUUAGCAGCAUAGGCCAAACCUCUGUCACUAUCUCACCUCCCUCUCUCAUCCUGUACCCAUGGGAUACAAUAAACACUGGAACCACAUCCAACUCAUUGAGAGGGAGUGUACGGGCAGUCCCAGUGUCUCACCUCUAUAAAGAGAGGAACCCUUCUGUCUGCCCUGUCAGACACAGCUGCCCUGCUGAAGCUGGCAUGGCACCGAGAACAGAUGUGGUUCAGCUGCUGCUGGUGGUGGGGGUGAGCGGCAUGGUUGCUGCAGCCCCAGCCUGCUCUCUGCUGGGCCAACCUGCUCUGCCUCUCCUGUCUGCCGAGGGGGACAUCAACAUUGGGGCAGUGUUCUCCCUACAUAGGAAUGCCCUCUUCAAGGUCCAUUCCUUCACCUUCAGACCAGAGAAAACACCCUGUAUCAGGUAUGUGUUGAAAACAACUGUCUGUGAGUUCUUUUCACUGUUUGGGAAUAUUUCUCAUCAAGAUAGAUGUUUCUUAGCAGUGGAAUUAGGCAUAGGGCUGAAUAAAACAAUUGUAGAUGAUCUGUGUGUUUAUGUUUGGACAAAACAAAUAUACAAAUUGUUUCUAUUAUACUAAACACAAUACUCAAAUCAUCUCGACCGAGUAUAUCAGUUUUAGUUCAUAUGCUGGCAUAUGUGAUUCCUAGCUUCAACUAACUUAUUUUUUCAUUUGUUACCGUUGUCCAGUUUCAACCCACGUGAGUUCCAGUUUGCCCAGACCUUGAUCUUUGCCCUGGAGGAGAUCAACAACAGCAGUGAUCUGCUGCCAGGGCUGUCUCUGGGUUACCAGGUCUAUGACUCCUGUGGCUCUGUCCCCUUGGCCAUCCACUCAGCCCUGGCCCUGAUGAACAGCCUUGAGCCUGAGGACAGCCUGGGUGACCCCUCCUCCUGCUCCAGACCUCCAGCCGUGUUGGGCAUCGUAGGGGAGUCAAGCUCCACACCCACCAUCGGAAUAUCAUCCCUGGUCGGACCAUUCAGCAUCCCUGUGGUGAGACACCUUCAGGUUUUGUCUCUUUAGAUGUAGUAUACUCAAUGUCAGCUAUGUAUGAAACAUCAAUUCAAAUCUUCCCUUUUCUUCCACACAGAUCAGCCACUUUGCCACCUGUGCUUGUCUGAGUAACAGAAAAAGGUUCCCUUCCUUCUUCAGAACCAUCCCCAGUGACUUCUACCAGAGCAGAGCCCUGGCAAAGCUGGUCAAACACUUUGGUUGGACCUGGGUGGGAGUGGUGAACAGCAACAGUGACUAUGGAAACAACGGCAUGGCCUCCUUCAUGGAGGCAGCGAGGCAUGAAGGGGUCUGUGUAGAGUACCAAGAGGCCAUCUACCGCACAGACCCCCGAGAGAGGCUCCUGGAAGCGGUCAGGGUGAUCCGGAGGGCCACAGCCAGGGUGGUGGUACUGUUCCUGGGCUUGGGGGACCUCAUCCCCCUGCUGAAUGAGUUGGCCCUGGAGGGAGACCCAGGGCUGCAGUGGGUGGGCAGUGAGUCCUGGAUCACAGCCAGACUGCUGGCGGAGAACAAGGCCUACAGCUUCCUGAGCGGGGCGGUGGGCUUUGCCAUCAGGAAUGGCCAGGCUGGAUGGUCUGGAGGGCUUCCUAGACAAGUGCCCUGGACCAGGCACCAGACAAGCACCCGCCAGGGGUGGUACUGUUCCUGCUUGGGGACCAUCCCCUGCUGUGUCCAGUUGGCCUGA